AUGGACCCCGAGGAGACAACACAGGCAGCGACGCACAAGCGGAGCAAAUCUGCCGUCACUCGUGCCCUGUCACGAAUACAUAGUCGCGGAGACGUUCCCAAAUCCACGACCAGCACCCAGACUGGCGAAAUGCCCGCCGACGAUACCUAUCUCACUCCCUCCCGCAUUUCCAUGCAGUCAAUACAUCCACGAACGUCGACGAGUAUAUCUCCCAGCUCACCCACAAAGGAAGACAUGAGCGAUGUUCCCAAAGUGACUCCUCCGCCCGGGGCCACUUUAGAACAGUCGGUACGGCUAUUCAAGGUUUUUGAGGCAUUGAGAAGCGGAGAUACAAGUGCCAUCUCCAAGGCUACACGAGCAGACCCCGAGACGAAGCUACAAGGGACCACGAUCCUACACCUGGCCAUUCAAUGCGCCGACGUGGCGGUGAUUGAGUAUGUCUUGUCUCAGAGCGAGACCAAUGUCAAUGUCAAAGAUCGAGACGGCAACACUCCCCUCGCUGUAGCUGCAUCUCUUGGAAGACUGCCGGUGGUGAAGCUGCUGCUAGAGCAAAAGGACAUUAACGACUCACUCCCCAACUAUCAAGGCAAGACUGCCCUAGACUUGGCCCGUAACCCGGACAUUUUCCAACUUUUGCAGCUGGCACGCUCCGUGUUCAUCGACAAUAAUGUACGGCACAUCCACCAGCUGGUUGCGUCUGGCGACUACAAUACCCUCGAGCAGCUUUUGAGCGAUACACGCGUGCAGUCAAUGGUGGACAUCAACGGCCCUGAGUUAGCCACAGACCCCGCAACGACUUCAGAUGGUGGUAGUCUGCUGCACGAAGCUGCUCGUAAGAAGGAUACGAAGCUCGCUCAACUCUUGCUCCUUAACGGUGCGGAUCCCUUCCGUAGAGACCGCAGAGGGAAGCUGGCUCAGGACGUCACCAAGGACGAUCACACUCGUGCUAUUCUCAAGAAGUCACCGGCAGCAGCCGCAGCUCAACGCAGCAUUCAGGAAAAGACGAUUCUCGGUGAAGGUUCUCAGGCGCCCGCAAGUAGCGACGCUGGCGGACCCGGUAGCAAGGACAGUAGAGAGAUGAAAGGCUACCUCAAGAAGUGGACCAACUAUAGAGGAGGCUACAAACUUCGAUGGUUCGUUCUGGAGGACGGGGUGCUCUCGUAUUACAAGAAUCAAGAUGAUGCGGGCAGUGCUUGUCGUGGGGCCAUCAACAUGAAAAUCGCAAAGCUACAGAUGGAUCCGAAAGAUAAGCAGCACUUUGAGAUCAUGGGCAGCAAGAGCUCGGUCAAGUACGAUCUCAAAGCCAAUCACGAAGUCGAAUGUAAACGCUGGUUUUGGGCACUGAACAAUGCCAUCCAAUGGGCAAAAGACGAGGCAAAAGAGGAACAGAAGCGGGAGAACCAAGAGGCAAGCGCAAGACAUGAGCACCUCGAGCGAUYGAAGACCAGAGAUCUGGACACAAGCUCGCAGCUCGGCCCGCCUACAGCUACAUCUCAAUUCGGAGGCAGCACACUUGGCGACCACCUGAGCGCGUACGAUCCGAGCGAUAACGCCGAUGCCGCGUCUGCACAAGAUAUGCGUUUUCUCGGUCGAUCUGCCGCUGGGACAGCUGACGGCUACGACGACGACGAGGAUAUCGACGACGAUGCGAGCAGCCACGAACCACGCCCUACCAACAAAAAGGAUGCUUUCAGCAUCACUGCGCUGUCCGCCAAAUUUCAAUUGGAUCUUCUCGAGCAGGUUUCCGGGGCGUUGAGCACACAAAGCCGGACGAACCCAGACACGAGACUCGGCGAAGCUAAUGUAAUUCAAGCGCUUGCAAGCUACGAAGUCGCUGUGGGUAAUCUCAAGGGCCUGCUGAAUGACAUGGGCCGUAUCACCAAGGAUCACGAGGCGUACUGGCAGUAUCGCUUAGAGCGAGAGCAGAAUUUGCGAAGAAUGUGGGAAGACUCAAUGGCGAAGGUCGCAAAAGAGCAAGAGGCACUUGAGACCCGAAUUGGGGAGAGUGAGGAUAAAAGGAAGAGGACGAAGAAGAGAUUGCGGGAGGCGUUGGAGGGUGGAUCUCAGCAAGGAACUCCAGUGGGUGAAGCGGUAAACAAGCCAUUGUUGGAAGUCCCAGCCGCCGGUAUCAAGAGAAGACCGACGUUAGCUGCUUUGAGUGACGACGAGAGCGACGAGGAGGAAGAAGAGUUCUUUGACGCAGUUGAUGCCGGAGAGGUGGAGGUUGUGCAGAGUUUGCCGGUGCUGGCCAAGGAGCCCUCGCAACAGGCGGCCGCGGUGAAGCAGCCAGAUACUGAUCUCGCAAGUGCAAGCGCCGAUCCUGCAUCCACGAAAGAUCGUCAAAACCGGCAGACCGAUAUCGAGAAGAGUUACAAAGGCUAUGAAGAUGGGCUCAGGAAGAGACUGAAGCUGGACGCAGAUAACCGUCCAAAGGUUGGGCUUUGGGGCAUCCUCAAGUCUAUGAUUGGCAAAGACAUGACCAAGAUGACUCUUCCUGUCYCCUUCAACGAGCCAACCUCUCUCCUCUACCGCGUUGUUGAAGAUAUGGAAUACACCGACCUCCUCGACACUGCGGCUACACGAUCUGAUUCAACCGAGCGUCUGGUUUACGUUGCUGGGUUCGCGGCGUCUGAGUACGCUGGUACCAUCGGUCGCGUUGCAAAGCCUUUCAAUCCGCUUCUUGGCGAGACUUAUGAAUAUGUCCGGCCUGAUCAGGGAUACAGGUUCUUCAUCGAACAGGUCAGCCAUCACCCUCCCGUUGGCGCGGCAUUCGCAGAGAGCAAGAACUGGACAUACUACGGCGAGAGUUCCGUGCGAUCAAAAUUCUACGGAAAGUCAUUCGAGUUCAAUCCGUUGGGUACUUGGUUUUGUCACAUUCGGCCCGAGGAUGGAAGUCCGGAGGAAGUGUACACAUGGAAAAAGGUCACGAGCAGUGUUGUGGGUAUCAUCACCGGCAACCCUGUGGUCGAUAAUUACGGCCCAAUGGAAGUCAAGAACUGGACUACUGGCGAGGUGUGCUACUUGGAUUUUAAGCCAAAGGGUUGGAAGGCAUCUUCCGCAUUCCAAGUUAGCGGCAAGGUCGUCGAUGCCAAGGGCGUGACGCGAUGGAGUAUGGGUGGGAGAUGGAACGAUCGCAUUUACGCAAGGCUCACUCCUGGCUAUGAAGUCGCGGAUGUCACUGCAAAGGGAGGUGACGAGAAGGCUUUCCUGGUAUGGGAAGCGCACUAUCGACCUCCCAUGGGCGAGAUUCCAUUCAACAUCACACCUUUUGUGGUUACAUUGAAUGAUCUUGCAGAUAAGUUGAAGCCGAUCCUUCCACCUACGGAUUCGAGACGCCGUCCAGACCAGAGAGCCAUGGAGGAGGGCGAGUACGACUUCGCUGCUGAGGAGAAGAACCGUGUCGAAGAAGCUCAGAGAGCGAGAAGGAAAGCCAGGGAGGCGAACGGGGAGGAGUUCGAGCCGAGAUGGUUCCGAAAGGGGAAGCAUGAGGUGACUGGGGAGGAAUUCUGGCAGUUUGGUGGAGACUACUGGGACAUCAGAGACGGUGUUGCCAAAGGAGAGAGGAAGUGGGAGGAUGAGGGGCUGGAGGAGAUUUUCUGA